AAAACUCUCUAAAUAAACUGCUAUACCAGUACCGUUCACCACUCACUCCUGGUAUAGCUUGAUGGCGAGGCAACCACACCUAAGAUUUUAUCGGUCGCCUACUCCACUGUGUCAUUGAAAAAUACUCCUAAGUGUAUUUAAUAAGAUAUACUAUAAAAUAAACACGGUACGCGUUAGGCAGCACGUACCGUCACACUUGGCUCUCGAUCUCAAACUUGAAGAAAUUGUCAGGUGCAGUAUAGAGUAGAGAAGGGAGAUGGAGUGAUCAGCUAGCUGUGCGGUAUCGGCGAGGUGCCUCCGCGGCGGCGCGUGUCCGGUGGCGGAUCCACGAAGCCGUAGUCUUGUCCCGCCGCCGCCGCAGCAGCAGCGCCGAGCAGCAGCUGGUCGCCGGCGGCAAGUCCCUUCUCCUCCUGCGAGGGUGCUGCGGUGUUCACCUGCAGGGAGGAGUCCGCGCCAAGCACCGGCGACGGCGAGGACGACGGCGGACGCGGCUGUUGCCGUCCAUGACGCGCUGCGAGUCCGGCGGCGGCGGCGCCGCCGCCGCAGCUGGCCGUGCACACGCCAACCGCGAGAAGCAGCGCCACCGCCAGGCAGGCGCCCGACGUUGCUGCCGCCGCCGCGAGCAGCAGCCGCGACGACGACGACGACCGCAUAUAAUAUGGAAGAAGGUUAUGAGUACACGGGCGGCUCGAUCGCCGUCGUAUGCUCAUAUAGAGUAGACUGCGCGUGCGGCAUUCGGGCAUCCGGCCGGCCAGCAGGCCAGGAGCAAGCGAUGCUGGCAGCUGGUUGGCUGGCUGUGUCAGUGGUACGGCGCCCGAGAUGGGGGGAGAGAGAGAUGAGACGGCGGGCGACUGUGGCCGGGUUCGGUUGGCGUCACGGAAAUGGCGUGGCACUUCUAAUCAAGCCGCGCUGCCGAAACAGGAGGCAAAGCCGACCAGCGUGCGGCGAGAUGCCGUUACCUGGCCCCCAGCAAAUCCGGCCGGUGCUCCACCCCACCUGGCUGCAAAGGGCAAAGCAAACCCAGGCGCGCGCCGGAGCAGGAGCCGGACUUACGACACGACGAUGCGUGCCGCGCGCUCUUCCAUCGCGCUCACCUCUGUGCUUAUCUCAUAUACUGUACUCCCCAAGCGUGCGACCCACGCGUAGGAGAGUAUAUAUUGGCUACCUAGCUGUCCAUGGUUUGUUUCCGUUACGUUGUGUGCCAAAUUCAGUUAUGUUCCCCAAACCGAGUAGUAAGUAGUUUACAUAUGGAUCCAUACAAAAAGGUUAUUGGUGGUGACGUGUAGGCCUUUUCUUUUAC